CAACUUCAAUUGACCAACAAUCCCAACAACGCAGCCGCGCUUCAUCAACCAUCACGAUGGCUUCGGCGGGCGAUACUCCAUUCCGCUCGGCGGACAUGAGCAUGGUCCAGCUGUACAUCUCCAAUGAAAUCGGCAGAGAAGUUGUCAACGCGCUCGGCGAGGUCGGCCUCGUUCAAUUCCGCGAUCUCAACGAUGACCUCAGUGCCUUCCAAAGGGCCUUCACCCGAGAAAUCCGACGGCUAGACAAUGUCGAACGCCAGCUCCGCUACUUCCACGCGCAGAUGGAAAAGGCCGGCAUCCCGCUGCGGAAGCUCGACCUCGACGCCGAGUCGAUUCCACCCCCGAGCACGGCCGAGAUCGACGAGCUGGCCGACCGCAGCCAGGGCCUCGAGGCGCGCAUCUCACAGCUCAACGACAGCUACGAGACACUUAAGAAGCGCGAGGUCGAGCUGACCGAAUGGCGCUGGGUGCUGCGCGAGGCCGGCGGCUUCUUCGACCGCGCGCACGGCAACGUCGAGGAGAUCCGGGCCUCGACCGAGGACGACGACGCGCCGCUGCUGCAGGACGUCGAGCAGCACAACCAGGCCUCCGAGGUCGAGCGGUCCUUCUCGGGCAUGAACAUCGGCUUCGUGGCCGGCGUCAUCCCCCGCGAGCGCGUCGCAGCCUUUGAGCGCAUCCUGUGGCGCACCCUGCGCGGCAACCUGUACAUGAACCAGUCCGAGAUCCCCGAGCCGCUCGUCGACCCCAGCAACAACGAGCCGGUGCACAAGAACGUCUUCGUCAUCUUCGCCCACGGCAAGGAGAUCCUGGCAAAGGUGCGCAAGAUCUCCGAGUCGAUGGGCGCCGAGGUCUACAGCGUCGACGAGAACAGCGACCUGCGCCGCGACCAGGUCUUCGAGGUCAACGCGCGCCUCGAUGACGUGCAGAACGUGCUGCGCAACACGCAGCAGACGCUCGAUGCCGAGCUCACGCAGAUCUCGCAGUCGCUAGCCGCCUGGAUGGUGCUCAUCGGCAAGGAGAAGGCCGUGUACAACACGCUCAACCUCUUCUCGUACGACCGCGCCCGCCGCACCCUCAUCGCUGAGGGCUGGUGCCCCCGCAACGACCUGCCCCUGAUCCGCACGACGCUGCAGGACGUCACCAGCCGCGCCGGCCUGUCGGUCCCCUCCAUCAUCAAUGAGAUCAAGACCAACAGGACGCCGCCCACCUAUCUGAAGACCAACAAGUUCACCGAGGCCUUCCAGACCAUCGUCAACGCCUACGGCACUGCCACGUACCAGGAGGUAAACCCGGCCCUGCCCGUCAUUGUCACCUUCCCCUUCCUCUUUGCCGUCAUGUUUGGCGACCUGGGUCACGCCGUCAUCAUGCUCUGCGCUGCCAUCGCCAUGAUCUAUUGGGAGAAGCCGCUUAAGAAGGUGACCUUUGAGCUGUUCGCCAUGGUCUACUACGGCCGCUACAUUGCGCUUGUCAUGGCUGUCUUCUCCGUCUUCACCGGUCUCGUGUACAACGACAUCUUCUCCAAGUCCAUGACGCUCUGGGAUAGCGCCUGGAAGUGGGACGUCCCCGAGGGCUGGACGGAGGGCCAGGCCGUGACGGCCUCGCUCAAGGGCUCGUACCGCUACCCGUUCGGCCUCGACCCCAUGUGGCAUGGGUCCGAGAACGACCUACUCUUCAGCAACAGCUACAAGAUGAAGAUGAGUAUCAUCAUGGGCUGGGCGCACAUGACGUACUCGCUCUGCUUCUCGUACAUCAACGCGCGCCACUUCAAGAAGUCGAUCGACAUCUGGGGCAACUUCAUCCCCGGCAUGAUAUUCUUCCAGUCAAUCUUUGGCUACCUGGUUCUCUGCAUCAUCUACAAGUGGACCGUCGACUGGGCCGGCACCGGACGCAACCCUCCUGGCCUGCUCAACAUGCUGAUCUACAUGUUCCUGCAGCCGGGCAAGAUCGAGGAGGGGAUGGAGCUGUACCCGGGCCAGGCGGGUGUGCAGGUCUUUCUGCUGCUAUUCGCGUUCGUGCAGGUCCCUGUCCUGCUGUUCCUCAAGCCCUUUUACCUGCGCUGGGAGCACAACCAGGCACGUGCGAAGGGCUACCGCGGUAUCGGCGAGCACUCGCACGUCAGCGCCCUCGACGGAGACGACAAUGACGAUGCGGGGCGGCCCGGAAACGGCAACCGCCACAGCCUCGACAGCGAUGCGGGCGUGGCCAUGAUCACGCAGGAUCUGCACGGUGACGGCGAUCACGAGGAAUUCGAGUUUGGCGAGGUCAUGAUCCACCAGGUCAUCCACACGAUCGAGUUCUGCCUCAACUGCGUGUCGCACACGGCCUCGUACCUGCGUCUCUGGGCGCUGUCGCUGGCUCACCAGCAGCUCAGUUCGGUGCUCUGGUCCAUGACGCUCGCCCCCACUCUCAAAAUGACGGGCUUGGUGGGCGCCAUUGCCAUCUUUAUCUCGUUUGCCAUGUUCUUCUGUCUCAGCGUUAUCAUUCUGAUCAUCAUGGAGGGCGUGUCUGCCAUGUUGCAUUCUCUCCGUCUCGCUUGGGUCGAAUCGUUCUCCAAGUUUGCCGAGUUCGCCGGCUGGCCGUUUGCGCCCUUCUCCUUCUCUCAGAUAAUAGAGGAAUCUGAGGAGUUGAAGGAGUUCUUGGGUUGAUUUUUUUUUGUUCCGUCCCAACCACGCUCUAUUGUUUUUCUUGGGAAUCUGUGUAGAACUGCAUAUCUAUCUAUCUGAAUUUUAUAUGUCUUUCGUACUUUUUGGCUUUGCGUCGGGAUCCUCAAGGCUGGGUAGUCCCCCGUUUCUCGGCGAGGUGAGAAUCGAGGACGCCAUGUAGCAUAUGUUACCACGGGACGCUCAUGAGGGAUGUGUUUCAAGAAUCACAAUCACUCUUUCCCG